AUGGAUCCCUCCCUCGUCAAGAUCCCGCCAAUGAAAGACCUCACGGCGGAGAAUAUCACGGAGAAUGUGAUCACGAUCAAUUCGCUUUGCGAGGACGCGCGCAUGAAAUACGUCCUCGAGCGCCUCGUCACACACCUGCACGACUUCGCCCGCGAAACCCGACUGAGCAGCGACGAAUGGAUGACCGGCCUCCGCUUCCUCACGGAAGUCGGCCAGAUCUGCACAGACGUCCGGCAGGAAUUCAUCCUGCUGUCCGACGUCCUGGGCCUCUCCAUCCUCGUCGACAGCAUCGACCACCCCAAACCCCGCGGUUCCACCGAGGGUACCGUGCUGGGCCCCUUCCACACGCACGACGCGGAGGAAAUGCCCGCCGGUGACUCCAUGUCGCACGAUCCCAAGGGCGAGCCGUUGCUGGUCGUUUGUACUUUGCGCGAUACCGAGGGUCGGCCCAUUGAGGGGGUGAAGAUAGAUAUCUGGGAGACGGAUUCAUCAGGCCACUAUGAUGUGCAGUAUGCUGGGCGGGAGGGGCCCGAUGGGCGCUGUAUUAUGCGCUCGGAUAAAGAGGGGAUUUUCUGGUUUAAGGCGAUUACUCCAGUGCCGUAUCCGAUCCCUCAUGAUGGACCGGUUGGCCGGUUGUUGAAGAAGUUGCAUCGUCACCCGUAUCGGCCGUCGCAUAUGCAUUUCAUGUUUGAGAAGGAGGGUUACGACCAUUUGAUUACUGCCCUCUACCUCCGCAAUGACCCCUACGAAACCUCCGACGCGGUCUUCGGUGUCAAGGACUCGUUGACAGUCGACAUCGGCAAGGUUGGUCCCGAGUUCGCCAAAAAGUACGGUGUACCAGAGGGCCAGGCUCUGCUCACCUAUGACUUUGUCCUCGUCUCCGAUGCAGAGACAAGUAAGCUCCGUGCAUACAACUCCAAGGUCGCCUUGGACAAAUUGGGCCGGAAGGUCAAGAUUGUGAAUGGGUUGCCCAUUCCUGACCUCGAUUAA